GAUAGUGAAUGACUACAAAGCGGUUGUAAAAGGCAUAAUAUGUGUAACCGGGAGGGACUUGUGCUCCGGUGCAACGAAACGGCCUCGAAAUAAACGUUGACAUCUCCUCUGUUUACUGUGAUAUUUAGGUCCAAACAUGGCGACGCUUGUAUGUUAACGCAGGGGCUCAGGCUAGUCCAUGGAAGCGACUGGAGCAGAUAAUCUCUCUGGUGACACAACAGGAAUCCCUUAAUAUGAGUGAUGAUAAACCUUUCCAAUGCACUGCUCCUGGGUGUGGACAGAGAUUUACAAAUGAGGAUCACCUGGCUGUCCACAAACACAAACAUGAGAUGACCCUGAAGUUUGGCCCAGCAAGGAACGACAGUGUCAUCAUUGCUGACCAAACCCCUACACCCACCCGCUUUUUGAAGAACUGCGAGGAGGUCGGCCUCUUCAACGAACUUGCAAGUCCAUUUGACCAUGACUUCAAAAAAGCUACCGAAGACGACAUUAAAAAGUUGCCGUUGGAUUUGUCACCUCUUGCAACGCCUAUCAUACGCAACAAAAUUGAGGAACGCACACCUCUUGAGGCACAUCGAGACAGCCCUCUGCCUCACCCUGAAUCUACGACAAGUGAUGACAAGGAUAUAUCCUUGCAGCCAGCCUCACUGCCAACAUCCGCUAUAGUCCAUCCUGCAUCCCUCCAAGUUCCCAAUGUACUCCUAGCAACCUCAGAGGCUAGUGUUGUUAUACAGCAAGCUCUCCCGUCACCAACAUCUAGCUCUGUUAUUACCCAAGUCCCAUCCACUAAUAGGCCUAUAGUCCCAGUGUCUGGCACCUUCCCUGUGCUCUUACAGCUGCCUAAUGGCCAGACCAUGCCAGUUGCUAUACCUGCGUCUCUUACAAGCUCAAGUGUACAUAUCCCAACUACAAUCCCUCUUGUCAGACCUGUCACCGUAGUGCCUAAUGUCCCUGGGAUCCCUGGACCUCCCUCGCCACAACCGCAGCCACAGCCCGUCCAGUCAGAAGCAAAGCUGAAACUGAAAGCCACGUUAAGCCAGCAGCUUCCUCAGGUAACAAACGGAGAUGGUGGCGAAGUCCAGAGCAGCUCUGUAACCCACACUGCUGCUCCCGCUUCUCCUGUUCCGACCCCAAGUCCAACCCCAACUCCAACUCCAAUUCCAACUCCGACACCAACACCAGCCCCGGCCGCAGUCCUGUCUCCUGCUCCUCCACUUCACCUGCCCACGACUGAGGAACCUUCUCCUCAUUCCCUUCAGCAGCCGGCCACCUCCACCACAGAGACACCUGCAUCCCCAGUUCCCCCUGUGCAAAACCCUCCAAGCACAGGGGGUCGGCGGCGCAGAACCACAAGUGAAGACCCCGAUGAGAAGCGGCGCAAGUUCCUGGAGCGUAACCGUGCCGCAGCCUCUCGCUGUCGGCAGAAAAGGAAAGUGUGGGUCCAGUCUCUGGAGAAGAAGGCCGAGGACCUCAGCUCCAUGAACGGACAACUCCAGAAUGAAGUCACCCUGCUGCGAAACGAAGUGGCUCAGCUGAAGCAGCUUCUUCUGGCUCAUAAAGAUUGCCCUGUAACCGCCAUGCAGAAGAAAUCUGGCUAUCACAUCUCCGACAAAGACGAGAGUUGCGAGGAGAUGUCCGUCCCCGGCAGCCCCCAGAAUGAGGCCAUCCAGCACAGCUCCAUCAGCACGUCCAACGGAGUCAGCUCCUCCUCCGCCACCCCGGCCACCUCCGCCCCAUCCACCACCACAUCGAACCAGAGCACAGAGGAGAGCCAGUCGCGGAGGGGCGCCACCCCGUCGCAGCCUUCAGGGAGUUGAUCGUCCUGAACUGUCCACGAGCGUCAGCACUGGGAGCGCUGUUGCCUCCUUGAUCUCUCUGACACACAGAGGAAAGGGAUUCUCUCUCCGCUUCAGUUUGGACCGCGUUGUUUUUAAUUUAUUCUUGACUAAGUUUGUUUGAGUUUGGUCCAUUUUUUUUUUUUUUUUUUUUGUCCUUUGUAGGCAAUGCUUUUGAAAAUGCAAAUGUUUUCUCUGGAAUUGAUGAAGACAAAAGAAACAGGCACUUUAGGUGUAAAAUGUAAAACACAUGGUUCUAAAAUGUUUUUGUAUUUUGUGUGAAUUAUUUAUUAAUUAAUCUUCUCUAUUUUUUUAUUUGAAGGCAAUCAGCCUGAAGGUUGAUCGGUGAACCGUUAGAGACCAUACCAAAGUGUGUUGUGGCUCAUUUCUAAUUUAGUUUGUGUUCAUGUCUUUAAAAAGCACUAUCUAUAUGAUGUAGUCACUUUUUGUUAAAAUGUUUGCUUUUUUUCCAUUUUGCACAUUUUGAGAGAUGACGGGUUUACCUUUUUUAGAGUUUUGACAGUCCACAUGUUAGGUACCGGCAGCUUUUUAGACGUAGAUUUGAAUACUGUCUCAUUACACAAAUGUAAAUGGCUGAAUCCGAUUUUAAAUCAGACAACUUUUUCUGUGAGAUCAGCUGUAGUCGCAUUGUGCAGUUUGAAUGUUUGUAAAAAAAGAAAAGAAAAACAAUAGUCUUAAUGAGGAGGUGAGCUCAUUAGAAAUGUGUGUUAUUUCAUUGACAUUCCAUCUGUAGUCUGAUUGUUCCUGAAGCAGUGAUUGUAGGAUUGCAGUACCUUUUCCAUUACUCAAUCAUGGUGACGUUGACUCAGUGCCAUUAAUGUUUUUGUAUAAACUACUUCUGUACAUUUUUAAUGCAGAUUAGCUUGUUUUUCUCAGAUGAAGGGUCUCAUGAACAUAGUUUCUCAGUAAUGCUUUCUAUGCUGUCUUUGCUUUCUAAGUGACUCUUUAUGGCUUCAGUGUCUAACGCAGAACACUUAAGGACAUUACGCUGUUUUCAUGAUCACAAAUCUAGACGACGUUUUUAGAAAACAUUGUAAAUAACAUCGAUGAUACAUCAUAUGGGAUCUUUCUAGGUGUUAUGUACUUUUUUUUAUAGAGUAGUCUGGAUUCAGUAGCUGAGCCCUGUUGAUCACAUGAACUCUAUCAGCAGUUAAAACUGAUCUUAACGAUGUUUCAAUCAUAGGCUAGGCCUCUCUCUGACUCAUUGAUACGGUGUCAUGUAAAAUUAAAACAUUCGGAUGUGAACUGGAAUCACAUCAUAUAUAUUAGAGUAACACUACUACUGCUUGUAAGAAUUGUGAGCAUUUCAUCAUUGAAAUAAUAGUAGGAAGCAAAUCACACCAUGAAGUCAAUUUGCCUUUUUUUCUCUUAGUCUGUACUGGCUUACUACUGUGUAGUUUUUACGAGAAGCUAACACGUUGUUUUCUUACAGUAUGAUUUGUUUUUUUAAUUUUACUGUUAUGUGCUAUCUGCAUGAGGUAAUAAUUCUCUGCGAGAAUUUAACUGUUUAUUCGAUAAUGUCUCAGUCAGAUAAAUAUCAUUAAACAAGUUGUUACAACUUGAGUUGUUGGUUCGCAGUUUAUGGAAGCUUUGGUUAUUUGUUUUACCUUGGCUUUAAAAGAAGGAGGGUGUGAUACUGUGUUGAAAGUGUACUUGUUACUUGUGAAAGUUCUGUAUAAAAAUUGAAUUGAUAAGUUGUUGUAAUAAACCUUUUAAUAUCUCU